UUUUCAAUAAUUUGAAGUUUUUCAGUUCAAUCAACCCAUGGCGUUCAACUUGAUUCAAACAAAGCCCCAAACGUGUGACCAUGUUUAUGGUCUGUAUUUGGUAAUUAAGCACCCUGCAGCAGAAUCUAGGGUUACGAGAUUUCUUGCUCGAGCUGUGCUCUUGGCUUUGUUCAUCGUUUCUUUACCAUAUUUUGGAUCCAGCGUUAGAGGAGGAUCCUCAAUCGCGUCAAACAAUGCUGAAUUUGGGAAUGAGAAUGAUAUCGGCAUUUUCUCUUCUGAAAUCAAUGAAAAAUCGAAUGAUUACAGAAUCGUUUACCUCGAACAAUCUGAUGAUGUGGAGAAGACCAAAUUAGGGCAAAAUGAGAUCAAAUCCCCCUAUCGGAGACGGCUCUUCGCAUAUGAAUCCGACGCUAAAAGAGCAGCAGCCCUAAAUGAACUCGAAGACGUUCUCCUUGAACCACCGCGAUCAGCAUCGCGAAAAUCAAGACGGUACUUGCAACGAACACGAUAUCUUCCAGAUUUGAUGGACGAUUCUCUCGAAAGCUAUCCCCGCCAUAUUUUCAUCGACGCCGGAGUGCCGGAGAAGGAAGCUGGCGGAAGCGGUACAAGCUGGUUCGACCAUAACUACCCUACCAGAAACAAGAAAUUCGAAAUGUAUAAGAUCGAGACAGUGAGUACCGAUCAGCUGGCCGAAUCAUCCUCAAAGGAACCGCAGGUCGGCAUUUCGGACUGGCUCUCAAAUAACGUCAAAGCUGAAGAUUACGUCGUAAUGAAAGCAGAAGCCGAGGCUGUGGAGGAUAUGAUGAAAUCCAAGGUCGUACGGUUGGUGGACGAACUUUUCUUGGAAUGCAAGCCACAAAAAAACGGUGGUAGAAAGGUCUCCGGCGGGGGUCGGCGAGCUUAUUGGCAGUGUUUGGCGUUGUAUGGUCAGCUCCGUGAUGAAGGUGUGGCGGUUCAUCAAUGGUGGGGUUAAGAUAAUUAAAUAAAUAAACAAAUAAAGAGCUCGGAGAAUCGAAAUUGAACCAUCGGAGAGAAUAGUGCUCAGUGGCUAAGAGCGUGGACGAGAGGGAGGGUGAUUAUUAAUUACUCUUAUUCUUAUUUUAUUAUUUUUAGUUUCUUUUCUUUUUCUUUCUUUCUUUCUUUCUUUCUUUCUUAUUAUUAUUGUGCGGUUUUUCUUUUUUUAAUUCUGUUUUUUUAAGCCUUCCGAAAAAAAGAAAAAAAAAAUUGUUGCCAUAUGAUGGAGUGGGAACUAACGAGUGAGGGAGGGAAGCCAUGUAAAAUGUGAAGAAAAAAAAAUUAAUCUCUCCUUUGUAAUUGUUUUAAACUUAUAAAUUUCAAUGUUUAAUUUUAA